UAUAUUAACAAAAGUGGAGAAGCAAAGCAAGCAUCAUCCACGAGGACGAGGAUACUUGAAAGCAAGCUAAAUGGUACGCUAUAACUUGCUUUUGGCUCUCGUUCGGUAAAAACCAAGUUGAAGAUUCUUCUUUUCCUUGUUUUAUUCGUUUAUUUUCAAUCGAAACGAGUAAAAUAUUUUCGAAUUUCCGCGGUUACCCAUACGAUUUUCUCGCCUUUUUAUAAUACCCAUCAUCUCAUUGAAGCUCAAUCCCUUUAUCUCUCUCCGAUCUGGACAAUUCUCAGAAGAAGAAGAAAGUGUAAAGAAACAGGGCCUUAAAAUGCUGUGUACAAUGGUGUUGAUGCCCCGGAAGAAGAAAGUUGGAUCGGUUCCGGUUUACUUGAAUGUAUACGAUUUGACUCCCAUUAAUGGUUAUGCUUACUGGCUUGGCCUUGGGAUCUAUCAUUCUGGGGUUCAAGUUCAUGGAGUUGAAUAUGGUUUUGGAGCGCAUGAACGUUCCGCUACUGGAAUUUUCGAAGUGGAACCAAAGCAGUGUCCCGGUUUCACAUUUAGGAAAUCCAUUUUGAUUGGGAGGACAGAUUUAGGUCCGAAAGACGUCCGUUCGUUCAUGGAGAAACUUGCUAGAGACUACUCCGGGAACACUUACCAUCUCAUCACUAAGAACUGCAAUCAUUUUUGCAAUGAUGUGUGUAUCCAAUUGACAGGGAAAACGAUUCCGCGCUGGGUUAAUCGACUUGCUAGACUCGGUUUGCUUUGCAACUGUGUUCUCCCGGCAGAGUUGAACGAGACGAAGAUUCGCCAAGUUAGAUCGGAGGGUAAGGUUCAACAGGUAGAGAAGAAGAAGUUGAGAAGCCAAUCGAGUAGGAUACCUCCUUCAUUGACAUCUUGUCCUUCUAGCCCUGCAAUAAGUAAUAGACAGAGGCGAUUUCUUCUAUCGUCGUCGUUGAUUCACACCUCAAUGACCCCGAACUUAAGUUUGAAGCUCUAAAGAAUAGUCAACAGUAGAUAACGUUAACAAAUGCAAAUCGUUUUUACCCCACUUCUGUUGUUUACUUCGAUGGGCAUGGGAACCCCUGCUUCGGGAAUUCGCAAAGUUUCAAUCUUCUGUAAUAUGCUUUUUGAUUUGAAUGGAAAAGAUCUAUGCUUUUCUU